AUGUUUCAUGAUGAGGAGACCCGCCUCCCCACCCGAAUCCCAAAGCCCACGAAAAUCUCGUCAGCAAACAAUCCUACUUUGCCGCCGUCAAAUCCUACUUCUCCCUCCACCACCGCCGGACAUGGAAACCCUCCCGCUGACGAAUCGACCCCCAAUAGAGCAAUUAGCGACGGCGAUUGCCCCUACGGACAGGUAUACGUCUACGACCUGCCGCCUAUUUUCAACGCCGACAUCCUGAAAAACUGCGAAAGCCUCAACCCUUGGUCUUCCCGCUGCGUUACCUUAUCUAAUUCCGGGUUCGGGCGACCCGCCGACGGGAUCUCGCGGAUCAUCCCGGAUAGCGUCGCCGGCGCGUGGUACUGGACCGACCAGUUCUCCCUCGAGGUCAUCUUCCACAACCGCAUGCUCAACUACCGCUGCCGGACGGCGGAGCCUGAUUCCGCCGCCGCGUUCUUCAUCCCCUACUACACCGGCCUCGCCGUCGAGAAGUACCUCUUCAACAAGAACUCGACCGAGGAGGAUCUCGACCGCGACUGCCAGAGGAUGCUCGACUGGGUGUCCCGCCAGCCACACUUCGCUAGAUCCGGCGGGUGGGACCACUUCUUCACCGUCGGCCGGAUCACGUGGGACUUCCGGCGUAACGAGAUCUCCGACUGGGGCUCCAGCUGCAUCUACAUGCCAACGAUGCACAACAUCACGCGCCUCCUCAUCGAAAGGGACCCCUGGGACUCCAUGGACGUCGCCGUCCCCUACCCCUCUGGCUUCCACCCCAGAUCCGCCGCCGACCUCCAGAUCUGGCAGGACUUCACCCGCCGCCGCCAGCGGCGCACGCUCUUCUGCUUCGCGGGGUCCACGCGUGGGUUCAUAAAGAACGACUUCAGGGGGAUCCUGCUGGAGCAGUGCUACUCCGAACCGGGUUCUUGCCGGGUCGUGGGCUGUGGAGGGAAGAAGUGCGAAAAUGGGACCUCCGAGAUCUUGGAGACCUUUCUCGACUCCGAUUUCUGCCUGCAGCCGAGAGGGGACAGCUUGACCAGGCGCUCGAUUUUUGACUGUAUGCUAGCUGGGUCAGUCCCCGUUUUCUUCUGGCAGAGGACUGCUUACUUGCAGUACGAGUGGUUUUUGCCGAGCGAUAGGGGGAGCUACUCGGUUUUCAUAGACCGGAAAGCGGUGAGAAACGGGACCUCCAUUAAGGGCGUGCUCGAGAAGAUUGGUAAGGAUGAGGUGAAGAGGAUGAGGGAGAAAGUGAUCGAAUAUAUACCGAAGAUCGUGUAUGCGUACUCGAAUAAAGGGAUCGAGGGUGUCGAUGAUGCUUUUGAUGUGGCUGUGGAGGGAUUUUUGAGGAGAGUUAAGGAGCAACAAGGUGGAAUCAAAUGGAGAUGA